AUGGCCUGGUCCUGCAGCCUGAAGAGCCUCCUCACAGUCUUUGUCUUUACCAUCUUCGCUGUCGGCUCUGUGGUUCCAGAUACAUACCAAAUGUUUAAGCAUAAAGGGUGUACUGGAGAAACGGACACAUGCAGUGAACUGGAAUUCUCGGCCACGCUGGGGGCUCAACGGAGAUUUACGUAUGUGAACCGGUGCUGCACAGCUGAGCAGUGCAACCAAGAGAACAUAACUCGGGUCCAUCUCUCUGUAGCCCUGACACUUGCCUUCCCCUUUUGCUUGAAGCUUUCAUUUGCAAUACUGGGGGACCAACAGACAUUUAGAUAUAACCAGCAAUGCUGUAACACUGCUAAGUGUGACCAAGAGAGCACACAAUUAUCUCUGCCACCUGCAGAAGCCAACGGUGUUCAAUGUCUCUCCUACUAUAUGGAGCCAGGUGUGCUGAGUAUCCCAACUCUCCUGAGCUGCACAGGAAAUGAGACAAAGUGUGGUUUGGUUAUCGGCACAGCAGUGGGAAGCAUCAACCCCUUUUCCUUGGUGAUGGCCGGAAUGGGCUGUGCGACAGAAAGUGCCUGCAACCUGACUGUGACUGUCCUCAACCAGACAAACAUCCGCACCUUCUGCUCCGAUGAGUUCGUUGUAUCUCCAACCCAGCCAUCAGUUCCGGAUAGCACGGGCAGUGCGGGCAGCACGGGCUUUCGACCUACAACCAUCUCAACAGUACCAAUUCUGAUUACUCUCCUCCUGCUGAAAGUCUUGUUUUGAUCUUCCAGGCUCAGCAGUCCCAUAGUCCUCCACACACAUUCGGAGGGCGUCCUUCAAUGUAGGAGAAUUAAAAGCUGGUGAUUGCU